AUGAUCGAUAAGCAAACCAAGGAAAUCCGUCAAGAUGAAGACCAAACAGUGUACAAGUCCCUCGACGAGCUCGCCGAGGAUUUGCCAGACCACGCGCCGCGGUUCGUGCUGCUGAGCUAUCCGUUGACGCUGCCUUCCGGCCGGCUCUCGGUCCCCUAUGUCAUGCUCUACUACCUCCCGACGACGUGCAACAGCGAGCUGCGCAUGCUGUACGCCGGGGCCAAAGAGCUGAUGCGGAAUACGAGCGAGGUGACGCGGAUUCUGGAUUUGGAGAGCGCUGAGGAGUUGGAGGAGGUUCCCGAAAAGUUGGCAUCUCAUUAG